AUGGUUCAGGACGACCAAGACGCUGCGACUGCGCUGCUUGGCACUUGGGAGAGCAACGAAGCGUUCGGCAACACGGCGCUGGACUGGUCUCAGGCGGUGAAGGACCAGCGCGUGCAGCUUCAUCUCACGUUCGAGCCUGGGAACGCCUACAAGUUCCGAUUGGUGUCAAAAGACGAGGACGCGGACGUGACGUCGAGCUUCCGCCACGUUGCCGCGAGCGAGGGCACGUACGAGCUGCAAGGGGACAAGGGCAUUGCUAUCCAUGGAGACACGUCCGGCAUCAAGUGGACGUAUCUGUUUGAGGAGAAGGACAGUCUGCGGAUUCGGUUAGAGGGAGCGAGGCGCUGGGGCAGAUGCAAAGGUGUGGACGUCAUCUACUUUGCCAGAGUCAAAUCAGCACAGUAG